GGUUAACACCUCGAGGAAUUGUUAUAGGAACUCUUUUGGGAAUGGUGCUUCAUUUAAGAUUCAGUCUGGAUGAUCAACAAGUGGCAGUAUGUGCUGGAAAUUGGAUCUACGUGUUAAGUGCAAAGAGCGAAGCUACACUAACUGAAUUGGAUGGCCACCGGGCUCCAGUGACUGCUGCUGAGUUUUGCAUAUGGCAGAAAAUGCUUGUAUCAGUGUCAGAAGACAGAACCUUUAAGGUGUGGGACUAUUCUACCGGCCAGUUAAUAUAUCAGUCAGGAGUAUUAACAGCAUUUCCUUUGCUCAGUCUGCUAAGUGAUGAAGAAACGAAACAGCUUAUCACUGGAUGUGCUGACGGACAGCUUUGGAUCUUCAGUUUAAUCAGUGAUCAUAAUUACCGUUGCGUGGCACAUAUCAACUUAAAGAAAGAGCAAGAGAAAUUCUGCAGUAAAUUGUGGAAAUCUGGCAAAGAAAUAGGUGAAGCACAAAAUACUUCCAAGCUUUGCAAAGCAAACAACAUGAGAUCAGAAGGAUCAGUGGAAACAUCAUUGCCUAUCCUCUUAAUUGAACACUGUGACUUUUUAGGAUGUUUCCAUAAUGAAGAAAAUAGAUCUUCUGCCCUGAAUACUAGCUAUUUUUGGAUAGGAAGCUCUACUGGUUUGUUAAUAAUUAAUCUGUCAAACUUUGAAUUAGAAGGUUUUUUUAUCUUUAAAGAUUAUAGUGACCUGAGCAUCUGGUUUGCCGGAUCAUGUGCAUUAACAGAGAAGGCAGUUAAUGGAAAGGUUUUAUGCUUGAUUACCUCAAUAUUUGAAGAUAUGAUUUCUCUGUUGGAAGUUAACCUUGCUGCAUUGGUGAGAACUCAGAAGAGUAAUUUUCUCCACUGUGGAAACAGCAGCAGUCUAUUGGUUGUUGCCAGAUGUUCUUUAUUGCCAAAUUCUCCAUUGUGUAAAGGCUUCAAGAAAAACUUGAAAGAACCUGCUAAUAAAAUACUUGGAGCGAAAAGCAUGGUGAAAGAUCAGCCGUUGGUUUUCCAUAGCAAAGUUAAGUCAUCAGGUUAUACAGCAGCACCCCAAAUGACCAUGUUUUCUCCAAAUAAUAACCUGAAGAAAAAUAAAGUAUCAAAGUGGAAGACCAGUUGCAAAUGUAAAAAUAAAGAAUAUCCAUUGGAAAGUUAUCCUCCAAUCAAAUAUGAGAAAGAGAUAUCUGUUACUUGUAAACCAACCUCAAUUUGUUGCAUUCAGUAUUCUGGGGAUGGAGAGAAGCUGGCUUGUGGCCUGGCUGACAAGACUGUACUGGUAUUCAGUUCCAAUCUCACUGAUACAUAUAAUGUUUUUUCAG